AUGGAGGUGAAUGGCUAUAUCAUCCCUCCGCCAAUGGAAACUCCGCAAUGCAUCAAGGUUCUUACUACAUCUCCACAGAAGAAUCGCCAUCCCCGGCGAUGCGGGUGCAGAACUAGUCAAGAAGACCUGAAGCAAGCAGGGUGGUUGACCUCGGAACUUAUGCGUCAGACGGCGGAAGAGAAGCCGACUACUAUCGAACGCAUUAUCCUUCUACGUGUGUGCAGAAACACACAUCGGCAGAUUCUCAAGGUUGCUGACCAAUCAGCGACUCUCAAGAGUCUAGUACAAGCAUACAAGGAGUCUUGCCCGGAUUUAUCGCCGUACCAAACGAUGCCGCGGUUGGAGGAAGAGCUUUUUGAGCCUUAUCGUACUAGGAGUCGCACAAAUUCGGUGCAACAUCUUCUGCCACUAAAGAUCAAUCAAGAGCAGUACAAGUGGGGCUGGAUUUACAUCUUUGACUGGCCCAGGGCACCAGGAUUCUUGAAAAUAGGAUAUGCAAAAGCUUCAGCUGAGAAGCGAACAGAUAAGUGGGGGCUUUGCCAUCCAGAGUCGACUCUGCUAUACCAUGUGGAACUUGCUUUCCCAGAAAGAAUGGAAAAACUUAUCCAUGCUGAGCUAGCAGAUCAGAGACAUCGCCUCCGUGACAUUUGCUCACGAUGUAAAGAGAAGCACACAGAAUGGUUUGCAGUCACCAUUGAAAAAGCACAGCGAAUAGCAAGGGACUGGAGUACAGUGGCCGCCUCCCCACUCUACAUGGAAGACCGAACUUUGACCCAACAGUGGGUCUCGCGCUGUGUCACAGCAGCCAGAGACAUCAUCAAGAUCUUCGAGUAUUAG